CUGAACGGUAUUGCAAAGCUGAAUAAAUAUGCACAACUUUUGCCUCUGCCUGACUCUUGUGAGGAUAUCAAACCUGGCACAAAGUACAAGGUGGCCAGCUGGGGAAUCACAUCUUCAGGAAAGCCAGCAACAUAUCUUCAGGAAACAACUAUUAAAAUUUUUGAUAGAAAAAAAUUCUGCAAGAGCAAAUAUAGAAAAUACAUGAAAAUAACCAGCAACAUGUUGUGUGCAGGAGGACAAAAUAAAUUUUCAAAGAGAGAUGCUUGCAAG